UGGAUAUUGGUUAACCGAAGGUCAACUUUCAUUUCGUUGUGGAUACAUAAUUUGAGGUCGUUGUAACAUUUUGAAAGAUCUGGACAUGCUAGGAUUUGGUGAACAGACAGAAAAUUCUAUUCACAUUCGUGACAACUUGAAAGCUGAAACUCCACUAUUGAAUAAUGCAAAGCGCAAACUAGGAUUAAGAGAUUUGAACAUUCAGCAGCAUGUUCAUCUGCAGUCAGAAAUAAUGCGACCCCCUAAAACUGUAGUUCCUGAAAACGUAUAUAAGGAAGCAUGUGAGAAAUUCUGUGCAUAUGAAGAUAAAGAUGACUACGGUGAUUUAUGCACACGCCUUGAUAAUAUAAACUCACUUGUGGAUGGAGUGAUUUCUCUUUCCUGCAUGAGUCAUUCUUCAGAUUUCGUUGAAUUUUCAAUGAAUGGUGAGGUCUGUUGUUUUUUACUAGUACUGGUAGACGAUGGUGAUGAAUUUGAUCCAUCAGAUUUCGAAAUACCAGAUUCUGAAUUCGACACAAUGUUCUGUUGUCUUGGCUAGAAAGUUAUUAUGUCGAUCUAAUUCGUUCUCAGAAACGCUUUAGAUACAAGUAUCUCACUACUGAGUGUCAACUCCAGUUUGUUCCCAUUCAGCCUAUUUUUUGUACCAUUUACGUUUGUGUACCCUUUUUAACCUGUCAGGUUGCAGCGGUAGAUAUUGUAAGCUGGAACGUCAAUUAAAUUCUCUUUAAUAUGCUGUAUAAUCUUCUUGGCUUUAUGAAUAUCGGGUGGUAAGCGAGGCACUUAAGUAUUCUACACACAAGUCAAUAUUGCACUAUGAAACCGCCUCACUUUUGUUGAUUAAAAGAUUCGUCAAUCUUGAUUUUAGUCCUUUUGAUAUUUCGUGCUAUAGGAGGAUCCGUGCGUGUAUUUGCGUUAUCUGCAACCAGUGUUUUACGUUAUUUGAAGUUUGGCUGUUGGAUAGUUUGUAAUAUUAUUCUCUGUUUAACCCAAGGUCACAUUUAAGUUAUAUUCCGAAUAGGAGUCAACUGCUCUCAACAGAAGGCGUAUCUGGAAUGGAAAAAGAACUCAGUGUUGGUAAAAAUCUCUUACACGACACAGGUGUCAAUAUAAUGGCUCGUGAAACUAUGCGAAUGCCAGUUUAAGUGAUUUCUCAUUCUUCCUUGUGUUACAUUGCUGAUUUAGUUAUCCCUUACGAAGCACCUUAAUGGUACUUUUCAGAGACAUGACUAGGUCCCUAUCUUUUACUAUAAGGAUUCAACAAAUGACUUUUGCUUACAAGCAGCAGUAAACGUGAUGUACCCAGAACUGAUCAUUUCAGUUCACAUUAUUACUGUACGAUUGUGGUCUCGUUUGGAGUUUACGGUUAUUUGCGUCUUUUUUAUCGUCGUGAAUUAUAAUUUAAAUGAUGUCAAACUUCUCAGCAUCCGCUCUAGAUUUACUUAGUUUUAGAUAAUCUUUGUAGCAUGAUUAGUGGAGAAAGUAAGCAGACGUCUAAACAUUUCCUACAAAAGUUACUUCAUUCCACUUCUUUUAUGUAGUGUACUAGUAUACUUGCUGUAGCUAAGUUGCCUGAUGUUGUUCAUGUCUCUGUCUGUUGUGAUUAAUUGAUAUAUUGUGGAAUCUUUUGAUAUUCUUAUUUUAAAACUGAUUGCUGGUAGAUGUUCCUUUACAUAAAAGUUAAUAAAAGAUAAGGCCAUUUUGAUAGGUAAAUAUCUUACAAAUAAUCAUUCGAAUCUUGACUCAUACAAAAUUCCAAAGGUGUUUAUAUUUUAGUGCUCUCAUCGAUUAUGUACUUUGUGAUUGUGAAGAACAGUGCAUGUUUUAAGCUUGCAUGGUUGCUUAGGAAGAACGGUUUAGUUCUGACAUUUAAUUCUGAUUGGAAACAAAAUUCAGUCGUAAUGUUUACGGGUUGCUUUUCUCUUUAAAGAACGAUGCUAAGACUUACAAAUAGCGUGGAUUUCCUGGUAUCUUUUCGCAUUAUCCUGGCAUACUUGUUAUAUUUACUGGUUUUUCCGUCCACUCUUAACUACAAAAACCUAUCGGAGUCAAGUGCAAAAUCAUGUAAAGUUUAUCACGAAAAUUCUGUACACAUAAACCACGAAAUCAUGAACUAGAAAACAUUUACACGAACAAAGUUCUCGGGAGAUGCUUUCACUUCACUUCGAUAGUCCUGACGUUAGGUUUGUUAAUUUAGUAUUUUGGCGAUAGAAAAACUCAAGAUCUCAAAAUAUUGACGGAAGUCAAGGUGUGCAUUUUGUAAUUGAGGUAUAAGCGUCACAUCAUAACCUAUUAGCAUUCAACCCUCUUAAUAUGAAGUGAUGAGGAAGGUUCAGCACGUUAGCUUCAUUUAUUGACAUAUGUUUUGAGUACAAAUUUAACCAAACUUCACAACUGGUGAAAACGUCUUUCAGGAAUUGUUGCAUGCAGCAACAGACGUUCUUCGAAAUUUUCUAUCAAUUUUCAGAUUUGUUGCGUAAUGACCUAAUUGUAUUUUACCGUGAUGUCAUAUUUUAUAUACUAGGUUACGCAGUUUUAGCCACCAAUAGUAUUUACUCAUCGCCUGUUUGUUUUUGUGGUUGGUGGUAUAGUAUUGAAGUAGAAAACAACCAGUUGUUGAAGUUGAAGACAGAAGACCAACAACUCGCUUCAGCGCUCACUAUGCGGAAAAUUGAGGAAGCUCCUCAAGAAUGGCUACCCUAACAGCUUCACCGUAAAGUAUCUAAUGAAUUACCACCAUUAAAGAACCAACUCCGGAAACUAAAAGAUGUCGUUCAACCAUGUAUGAGAAAUGUUUCGAAAACCAGUACAAGGAUUCUGAGGCAACAUCGUUUACAGAGCAGUACGAUCGCUUCAUUCUAUUCUACACAGAUCAAAGACAAUAACGAAAAACCCACUAUCUGCAAAAUAAAUUGCAUCAACUUCAAAAAAUAUUCGAUUUGACAAGCGGUCGUCCCCUUCACCUAUGUACAAAUGAACAUAGGUCAACGGUGGCCCGGCAUAAUUUCCUAUCACUUAUAUUAGUGCAUCCAGACAACUAUGGAGAUCAAUUCAAUCAAAGAAACAUUAAAACUAGGAUCGAGAAAACUACGAAAAUGCCAGCCAAUUUCUCAGGAAAUGGCAUUUAGACAGAUUAGCUAUCAACAGAAAUCGGUAUAGACCCGAUCUGUGAAUCUUUAUGUAUGUGAUCAAGGCCAAGAGUCAACUGUUAGAAAUAAUUACCAUAAAUACAAGGACACAUGACGGGGAAAAUAUCUACUAAUACACCCAAUAACAAACAAGGCCAUCGGAGAAAAUCGAUGUAGCACUUGUUGAGCAGCCGAAAAGUCCACUUAUAUACACAAUAGGCUCUGGAGGUGUUCAAAGUGACAACGGGAAUUCUCUGAUGCCAUCAAAGAACACCAUCAAAAUCGUCGGCCUGAGCUGCUGAUCUUCAUAAACUGCAGUGAAUGGAAUACGUUAGCUCUUUCUAGACGUCAUGUUAUUUGAUGUUAUUUUAAUGAAAGUUAAAUUAUAGUGGAGGAUUGAUCACAAGGGAUGCACUAAGGCAUGGAUGGAACCCAUUUAUUUUGUGAGUCUUUCUGAGCUGCAGGACUCGUUGAUGAGAUCUAAGAACCGUAAUUACUAAUUAGAGACUAGGUGACGUAUUCUUCACCUCGUUUUAGGUAGUUUGUUGCCUAUUAUUCCAUCUUUUUUGUGUGUAAUUCUGUACUAUGGUCGAUGUGGACAAUGAUUUGAUAUAGCAACCAAACAGACUAGCACAUUGUUGAAUGCCGCCUCAACUUGCUCCUGUAUAUGUAAGAGGUUCAUACCGAGAGCUCUGCGCAAAUAGACCAAGCCUGAAAGGAUGUUAGUCACCAGGAUUCGAGUUUGGAUUGAUUUCUUGUGCUCCAGGUGAAACGUAUGUCAGACCAGACCGUCGUGAAGUACCAAAUACCAGUCAUUGGACAAGACGUACUUACUUACUUGACUUGAUUGGCUGGCAUGCUCCUUGUCACUAUGUAUAUGAAUAUUUAAUCAUCCAGAGGGACAUAUACAGAAUGAAGAGGUUUUUUCAUAUCUCUACUGGUUGUCCUAGUAACAUCAUAAAGUACCAAGUACUCAAAGAUGUGUUAACUUAGUAUGAUUACAUGAAUAAUGUCUUAGCAUGUGUUACAUGUAUGCUUAUUAGUGUGAAAAAUCAGAAAUGUUUUACAGGAAACAAGGCACUGAACUAGCGGGUAAUAUGAACGUAACUCGAAACAAGAUUCCUGUAUAAACCGUAACAGUAAUUGGUGGGACGUCUUUAUCUAGUCUUCCUCUGAUUUAAUUAUGUGACAAAAUAUUUACUAAUCAUAACUCAAAUGAAGAAAUUUACACUUCCUGUUAAACUUCUUUUCAGACAUUUACAUCUCGCUUACGUUUAGAAAUGGUUCAUGUAAAUGCAUCUAUUUAAAUAAACUUGGAUACAGUGAAAUGAACUAAUAUAGAGCUACCGUGUUACGGUACGUUUAUCUAUGAAUUUAGUAUUCACCUUCCUAAUGGAAAUUUAUUUUAUUCAUAGCAUUGACCAAACUAAUUUUAAGUCCAAGAUUGUAACUAAGAAGCUUUAUCGUUGUAUAUUUUCAAUAAAGAAAGUAACAAUCAACUGGAAAUAAGUUGUGUACAUUUUCACUAUAUUCAUUGUAAUCAGUCUCAGCCAUAAUACGGGCGCUUCUGUAUGCUUCCU